AUGACGGCUGUAGAUUUGGAAAAACAGGAGCUAUACGGGGGGGCACUCACUUCAUCAGUGCCAGUGAAUUUCAAGGAUGCCAGUUUUUUUCGCCAGGUGCCCGACACCCAAGAGGUAUUUGUUAGCGAUGAUAAUGAAUAUCUAAAUCAUUCGAUGGUUUUCGACAUUAUGGAAAUGGUAGAAGGUUGUAAAUCUACCAAAGAUGCUGCUGUUAUUCAUUUGAAUGAAAUCUCCAGUUUAAAUGGAGUCGAUGGUAGAUGUAAAAUUUUGAGUAUAGACGAGACGACGGUUUCCAACGGAGAUGUAAGCGACGACGAAGCCAUUAUCUUGACAGCUGUGGAACCGUCGCGAAAAUGGGGUAGAACAGAACCUUCAAAUGGAGUUUUACUUCUAGUACUUGGUCUCAUUCGUAUUACAAAAGUGACGGCUGAUAUUCUUAUUUCCUAUAACGUUCCAAUCACUGAUCCUGAUCAAUUAAAAGAUCUACAGGAGUUGGUUUAUAAGAGCAACACAGAAGGCCAUAGUCCAAGUAGCCAAAGCGUGUUAUCAGAUACAACGACACCUGCAACAAGUAUAUUGGACACAAUUAAUGUCGCUCGUUCCAGAGUAGGUGGGGCCAUGGCAUCUUUUGUAGUCAACGACUGGAGCUUGUUCGGCUGA